UUGUUUACACCGAUUCUUUGUAACAGGAGCCAGCCACCGUCCCAGUGUCUUCCCUCUGACGGGGCAAUACUCCAAGACUACAUUUCCCAUGAUGUAAUGCUCUUUAUUCUCCGUCUUGACUGACUUCUCCCUGCCUCCAUAGGCCAGAGGAGGCUGAGUUUAGGGAAAGUAUCGACGUUUAUGCUUGUCAAUCAGCAAGGAGCCGUGGGGAGUGAAACUGGAGGGAAGGUCGACGAUCGGGACGGAUUUCUAGUCCAAAAAGCACUUCAGUGCUAAUGCGACCAUAAUGUUUUGGAAAAAUAAGGAAAAAUUGUAUAUAUUUUCAAGGAAACUGUUUUGGUUUACUUUGAAAUAAGGUAAUCAAGCAAAGCUUUCACUACGCCGAACUUGGCGAGUAUCACUCGCUGCCUCGUUGCAUUUCAGCUGGAAAAAAAAACGAAAACAGCGGAUUAUUUACACCGACAAAGUGUGUGAACUAAAAGAGGGCUCAACUACAGACGGAUAUUGCUGUGUUUGAUAUAUUCCUCUCGCCAGAGGAGAGCACUUCAUCCAGAGGAGUUAGUGUCGCUGUCGGGAAGCUCUUCCCUGUGGACGUGCUGGAAACCAGGAGUGACGGUUGAAACACGAAACUUAAAGCGCGUAUUUUCCUGGAAGGUUAGAAGAAAAUGAGCGGAGGAGAUGUGGUGUGCUCGGGGUGGCUCAGAAAGUCUCCACCUGAAAAAAAGUUACGGCGUUAUGCAUGGAAGAAGCGAUGGUUUGUUCUGCGCAGUGGGAGGCUGACAGGAGACCCAGAUGUGCUGGAGUAUUACAAGAAUGACCAUGCCAAGAAGCCCAUCCGCGUGAUCGAUCUGAACCUGUGCGAGCAGGUGGACGCCGGUCUCACAUUCAACAAGAAGGACCUGGAGCACAGUUUCAUCUUUGACAUCAAGACUAUCGACCGGAUCUUUUACCUGGUGGCAGACACUGAAGAGGAGAUGAACAAGUGGGUGCGCUGCAUCUGUGAUAUCUGUGGCUUCAACCCCACCGAAACGGAAGACUCUGCAAAGAUCUCUCACCAAGUAAAUGUGCCAGGGGGUCUGGUGGUGGAUAUGGCCCCUAGUGGAGGGCCAGGAGGAGCCUUAGGGGCUUCUGCACUGGCCAACCUGCCUCCUCCCUACCAGCCUGUCAGCAUCAGACCCUUGGGGUCCUCCUCCAGUCUGGACGAGCCUCAGGACUACCUUUGGCUGCUCAACUGUGAGAGCAAGAAACCUGAGCCUAACAGUCCAGUGGUUCCUCUUGCUCUAGGAGAGGAGGAGCAGGAAUACCUGCUUCUGGAGGAGUGUGAGAGCAGGAGCGCUCCUCCUGACUGUCAGGCCCAUGGCGAAUGCUCCAAGUCUACCUCCUCCGAACCCGACUGUAAUGACAACCUCCCUUCCCACCACACGCCCACUUCCUCCUCCUCCAAGCACGCCUCGGUCAAUGGUUUCUUUUCUACCCAGCAUGCCGCUGGGCUCUAUGAUUCUCCUCCUUCGCGCGGGCAUUCAUUGUCGUGCGACUCGCAGGGCCUUUACCACCUGCCCCGAAGUUACUCUCAGGACACUGUGCUGCUGCCGAAGUCGGCGACCUCCCCUCCCGUUCCUGACGGUGAGCCCGGUGAACUCUAUGUCUUUAAUACGCCUGGUCGUAAACCCUCUUUAGAGGCCCAGUUCCGGAACAUGUCAGUUAGCUAUGAUAUUCCACCUACACCUGGAAGUAACUGCACCUACCAGAUUCCCCGUACUGCUGGGGUGGAGGCUGUUUCAGGGGCCGCAGAUGUGGUACCGCCCCCUCGUCCGCCUAAGCCUUUACUGACCACAGGAACAGUCCCACCUGAGCGGUCACCCACGGACACGUAUGUGGUGCCACGGUCAGUGUCUGAGACUGAUGGAAAUUACUGCGUGCCAUCUAGUACAGGAGGGAACAAAGCACUGAUGAGCAACACCAUUGGUACAAUGGAUUCUUCACGUCUACGUAAAGAUUACGGAUCUCAAGACUGCUAUGAUAUACCCCGUCCCUUCCCCCCAGAUAAAAGUUGCUCAUUUGAUUUUAAUGAAAGCUUCAACAACUAUUUUAAGAAUAAAGGCAUGGUGCCAGUUGGAGGUGUUUCCACUGAGGAGAUGGAUGAGAACUAUGUACCCAUGAGCGUCCACUCUUCGUCACAUCAGCGCUCUGGCAGCCUAUCAGAACCCAUCCAGGAGCCCAACUAUGUGCCCAUGACUCCGGGCACAGUGGAGUUCUCCUCCCUCGGAAAACAGGUGCCCCCUCCAGCCCACAUGGGCUUCCGCUCCAGCCCCAAUACCCCACCUCGUAGACCGGUGCACAUGCCCGAAUGCCAACCGCCACCCGUAGACCGCAACCUCAAACCUGACCGAAAAGGUCAGAGUCCUAAAAUAAACAGAGCAGUCGGUCUUGAGCGAACCGACUCCCAAACCAUAGGUGAAUUCUCAAGACGGCGUAAGGUUAAGCCGGCCCCUUUGGAGAUCAAGCCUCUGGCAGAGUGGGAGGAGUACACGGCGCCGGUCCGUUCCCCCGUGACCAGGUCCUUCACGAGGGACCCCUCUAGGUGUACCGCGGCCCCCAGACCGUCCUCGGGGCAUAGCACUGCCUCCAGCAGCGACUCCGACGACUGUGAUGAGAAUUAUGUAACCAUGCAACACGCUAAUAUGUCUACAGAUGAACCAAACAUGAAGCUAGCAGCACCAAUGAAUGCUGAUGGAGGUGGCAGUCCCAUGGUGAAGCCUAAAGGAGACAAGCAGGUGGAGUACCUGGACCUUGACUUGGACCCUGGGAAAUCGACUCCUCCUCGGAAGAAGAAGAGUAACGGGACUGGUAUUUCAGCAUCGGACGAGCGGGUAGACUAUGUUGUGGUGGAUCAGCAGCGAACGCAAGCACUGAAGAGCACACGUGAGGCCUGGAGUGACGGACGGCAGUCGACGGAGCAAGAUCCCCCCAACAAAGGGGCCAAAUGACACCCAUCUCUUUCCUCUUUUCUGCACGGUCAUGACUCGCGGGAGGCUGAGGAACGGAGGCCUCCACGUUUGAUUUUAGAUACAGCUGUGUGACAGCGCCUAGGUCACAGCUCCCAGAUCAGCUAGUUUACACUGCUUCCUGCUAGACGACAGCACCCACGCAGGGGAGAGCUGAUCCGAGGGAUCCUCAUGUAUAAGCUGACAGACUCCAAGUAGGAUGGACCGCACUCUGCACAGGGGUUGAAGGACGCGCCGAGCCUUUUCGGCUGAAAGCCCAGUGAAAAAUACGCUAACAGCAGCAUUAUUCAUACUAUAUGGAUACACACUGCCCCCAACUCGUCAACUCAAACAGUUUCAGAUUUUUGCAUAUUGUUUUUCCCACAUCGUGAUGUUAAAGUACAUUAUUCCAUGGGCUAGGGGAGCAUCAGGUCUGGUGAAUUUGUCUGUCCUCAAGUUUUUAUUUUUUUUAUUUUUUAUUUUUUUUAAACAAUGUUCCAUGUUCACAAAACUGCCAAGGUGAGUGUUUAGGAUGCGUUUUAGAAGCCUAAAACGUUUUUUAUUUUUAUUUUUUUGUGUGUGUGUAUAGUUCCAUGAUAAUCUGAAACUUUUACACAUCUAAGUUAAAUUUUUUUUCCAUUCGUUUUAUUCUUGUGGGCCUCAGUUGUAAUUCGGUAGUGCAAUCAAAAGGUUUUGAGUUGCUUGAGCCGCAAAUCUACUAAGGUGAGUUAGUUUGUUUGAAAAUGAUUAUCGUUUGCAUUUGCAUUUAAGACAGCAGGCAGACUGUAUAAAGUGUUAUGUACAUGAAUAAAAGUGUCCUUUAUUUGUAUCUAAUAUCUAGUAUGUUAAGGCUAAGGUGUGGAUUCUGCAGGAUAGAAGUCUACACGGUCUGAGAUGGUAUCAGAAACUAUGAAAUGUUAUUGGUGGAAUCAGGAACUGUGAUAGUUUUUAACAGAGAAGAGAUUUCUCUGAUUUUGUGUGUUUUAUGUGUUUGGUUUUAUUCUCUCUUUUAAUUUCCUUCAAAGCAAGGUAUCAAUUUACAAAAGCGCCAAGGUCAGGUACUCACUGAAAGGUUUUAACAGAUUUCAUUUAUUUUAUUUUAUUUUAUUUUAUUUUGCAGCUAUAGAUGACGUCUUUAGUGUUGCAGAUCGUAUGUUCUCAUAGAAACCUUUUGAAAUUGCUUACGAUGCAAGAUAUUAUUACUAAGUAUGAGAUGCCUUCAUGGAGGUGAGGAAAAGCCGGUCAAGUAGUUUCAGGAAUUUUAUUAUGCUUCUUCAUUCUCUGUGUGACUGGUCUGUCAAUGCAUUUUAUUGCCACUUCGAUAAUUUAUUUCCGAUGGAGUUCCGCAGCUCUUGGAGACUAAUUGCCUUACCAUUGCAACUUUUUUUGAAUGUUGUAAAUAUGAUCCAUUCAGUGAUAUUAGCUCAUGUCAGAAUACAUCUAUUCAGAAUACAUCAGCAUAGAACUUUACUGUGUGUGUAAAAUAAAAUAGCUCUACUAACUACCAUUCUUAAGCCAAGAAGACACUGUUGAUGUGUUGCAACACCAUUGGUGGCUUCUGCUGUAUAUAUCGAUACAGGCUUUUCAAGCAUGUCUUUUGAUUCCAAGCUGUGCCUAUUUUGUUUCACUUCUACUCAAUUCUUUUUUUUUUCUUCGAGUCCUCAGACCCUGAUGCUUUUUAUCUUUUUUAAUGAAUCUGAAAGAAAUGUACAUUUUAAAAUAAACUCAAUAAAAAAUGAUACUUCAGGAGA